AGGGGAACGGCGCGAUGGCGGUCGCCCUCGCGAGCGGCCAGGGCCUGAGGCUUCGCAGGCUCCUCGCGCUCGUGCUGGCCGGCGUCUCGUGGCUCAUGGCCGUCCAGUGGCUCCAGGCGCCCCGGGUCGAGUGCUUCGCACCGCUCGCAGGGGCGACGCUGAAGGCCGCGCCCAGGGCCAGGAGCGUGGCCCGAUUCGCCGAGGAGGAGGAAGGUGCCGCCGAGGAUGGCGCCGCCGAGGAGCCCGAGGAGGAGGAGGAGCCGCCGGAGCCGGUCCGCCCCGAGCUCCCCAGGCCGCGGUACCGCGGCCCUGCGAGGUACCUCAGCAUCUCCGAGUUCACGAUGCGGAAGCCCCUGAGCAAGUUCUACAACCAGUACCGGCUGAAGCUGAGCAAGUUCGGCUCCAAGCCGUACACCUUCCGCAUCUAUGCCGCGCUGGACAAGGCCACCACCCUGCACUCCGACAAGUACUUCGAGAAGGUGGGCUGGUGGCAGCCUCACCGGGAGCUCGACGACGCGCGGUUCAUGAGGAUCAAGUGCGACCGCGUCUGCCACUGGCUGAGGAAAGGAGCGCAGCCUACGGACCAGGUUGCCAAUCUUCUGGACAUGGUCGGCCUCAUCCGCAGGACGGGGAAGUUUUCCCUCCGCGGCGAGUGGGAGUGGCGCGUCCCGGUGGACUCCGGCCCGGAGGCCCCGGAGGGCUGGUCGUACGACGGCCCGCACCUGGUGGACUGGAACAACAAGCCCUACUGGAACCCGAAGUGGGAGAAGAAGCGAACGAUCGAGGCGGAGCGGCCGCUUGUCGAGCGCCACGGCUUCAUCGGCUACCAGAAGAUCCCCUUGGACGAGGAGGUCGUGUCCGAGCCGCUCACCGACUCCGGGCUCUACAACGCCUUCCCCAACGUCCGCAUCCCCGGCUUCACGCAGCCCAAGGGCUGAGCGCGUGCGCGGGGGGCCGGUCGUGCACACGCGCUUCCGGCACGGGGGGGGCCUGCCGCCGCCGCCGACAGCUCCAAGUCGGCACCCGUCGCCGACGACCGCCGCCCGCCGAGAGUCCCUGCGAUCCUGGGCGCGACCGCGCGCGACGCGGCGAGGCCGGGCUCUCCGCCCAAGGGGGGCGGGGAGCCGUCCGACCUUUGGCGUGGCGGAUUUGCAACAAC